CUAUGCUCGAAAUGCUCUAAUACGACACGAGUGAAACUUGAUUACCCUCUACAUAGACAAAUGACCCUAUAUAAUUACGCACACCAUAGAACAAAGAUACUACACACGUUUUGACAUGGCUGAAAAUGUAAACGUAAUAGGGCUCAAAAUUGAUUAAUGCUAAGAAGCAUUUUUCAGAUUUAGGACAUGCUUAUAUAAGUUUUAUUAAUUAAAUAAUGAUGGAAGUUCCUUCAAAUGUGGCUGUAGAAGAAAAGACCGAGACGCCAAGUGUCGAACAACCCGAAUUUCUAUUGAAGCAUCCCCUUCAACAUACUUGGACGCUUUGGUAUUAUGAACAUGACCGACAAAAAACUUGGGAAGAGAACCAGAGAGAAAUUACCAGCUUCAAUACUGUUGAGGAUUUCUGGAGUGUCUAUAAUCAUAUAAAAAUGGCUAGCGAGUUGCGCCAGGGUUGUGAUUACUCCCUCUUCAAACAAGGUAUUCGGCCAAUGUGGGAAGAUGAGGCGAAUAAGCGUGGAGGUCGUUGGGCUAUCAACUUGGACAAGAAACAACGAAUCAAUGACUUGGAUAGAUUUUGGCUAGACACUCUUUUAUGUAUGAUUGGUGAAGCAUUUGAAAAUUCAGAAGACAUAUGCGGUGCUGUAGUAAAUGUGAGAGCUAAAGGAGAUAAAAUUGGUGUGUGGACAAGAGAUGCAAGUCAUGGUACUUCUGUGAUGGAAAUUGGCAAGAAGCUUAAAGAAAGGCUGCGGAUAGCACCAAAAAUUCAGAUUGGUUAUCAGAUUCAUAAGGAUACUAUGGCUAAGUCUGGUUCUGUGACAAAGAAUUCUUAUAUUGUUUGAAAGUUUUUAUAAACAAGUUUUUAGUAUAAGCUGAUAAAUUAUUAUAUAACUUACUAAUUUUAAUUAUCGG